AUGGGCGCGCAGCAAACAAAAGAGCGUACAAGGCGUCCAAAUCAGCUGAAAACUGAUCAAGACCUACAAAUAAACACUUCUACGUUUCUAUUUCAAGAUCUUGGUUCAGGAUCAACUUUGAAGGGCUCCACUUUAGUACAAUCAUCAAAGACAAAUCAAUUUAAUGACCAGGUGUUGGUUGCUCUGUAUGACUUUGUUUCACCCAGUAGUCUCCUAGAAGAUCAAUCACAAACUCGAGUAGAGAAAGGUGAUCAUUUACACCUGUUUGGUUAUAGUGCCGAUGGGGAUUGGGCUGAUGUCGAAUGUCUACGAACUAAUGAACGUGUUUGGAUACCAACCAAUUAUACUAGUCGUGCAAUGACUAGUCAUCCUAGUGAUCCAUUUAUUAAUAAUCAUUUAAAUACUGGAUCAACAACACCUGCUGGUGGAGGUUCAAUCACUUUUCAACAAAAAAAUAAUCAUGAGAUAAGCUAUAAUGGUGGUGUGGGUGGCGGUUGUGGUGGUAGUCAAGGCAGUUUAGCUGGAGUCGGCUUAGAAGCAGAAAAAUGGUAUCAUGGAGCUAUUCAGCGUAGUUAUGCAGAAUAUUUACUCAAUAGUGGGAUAACUGGCAGUUUUCUUGUCCGUGAAUCAGAAAGUCAUCCUGGUCAACUGACUAUUAGCCUACGUUAUGAAGGCCAGAUAUGGCAUUAUCGUAUUCAUCGGGAUGAAGCCAAUCUAUACUUCGUAAUAGAAUCGAACAAGUUUACGUCAGUUUCUGAUCUUGUCCGUCACCACGAGAAACACUCAGAUGGUUUAGCCUGUACAUUAUUAUACCCAGCACCAAAAAGAGAUAGAACAAGUUCAGAGUUACGUAUGGAUCCUGGAUUUGAUGUGCGUGAAAUAGAUCGAACUGAAAUAGUGAUGAAACACAAAUUAGGGUCAGGACAAUAUGGUGUAGUGUAUGAAGCUGUUUGGAAACCUUAUAAUGUACUGGUUGCUGUGAAAACGCUCAAGGAAAAUGUAACUGUACGUGAUGAAUUUUUAGAGGAGGCACGCUUGAUGAAAAGUUUAAGACAUCCAAAUCUUGUGACAUUAUUAGGUGCAUGUACACGUGAACCACCGUAUUAUAUUGUCACUGAAUUUAUGUGCAAUGGUAAUCUAUUGGAUUAUUUGCGUACACAGCCUAGAACAGAAAUGACGCCAUCAGUUUUACUGCAUAUGGCAACACAAGUUGCUAGAGGUAUGGCUUAUUUGGAACAACACAAUUUUAUACAUCGUGAUUUAGCCGCACGUAAUUGCCUUGUCGGUAGACAGCAUACAAUCAAAGUUGCAGAUUUCGGGUUGGCUCGUUGUAUAGAACGGGAUUUAACCUAUAGAGCACAUGAAGGGGCUAAAUUCCCGAUUAAAUGGACUGCACCAGAGGGCUUGGUUUAUAAUAUAUUUUCAACAAAAUCAGAUGUAUGGGCAUUUGGUGUUGAAUUACAAGAUGUGUAUGUAUUAUUAGAAAGAGGUACACGAAUGCUUCGUCCUGAAGGUUGUCCUGAACAAGUCUAUGAACUUAUGUUACAAUGUUGGCAAUGGCAUCCUGAACAACGUCCACCAUUCUCUGAUAUCUUAAAUCAACUAGAAUCAAUGAGUACUAAUUCAUCAAUAGAAGAACAAAUCGCCAUGGAAUUCGCUUCAUCAGCAUCGAACACCACCACCAGCGAAACAGGGGGCGAUGCUUACAAAUUAUUUAGACGUCCGCAUAAUAUAUUUCCACGUCCACCACUUCCGCCUAGACCACCACCACAACGGAGAAGUACUAGUUGUGAUUAUUUACUUGAUGAGAAUACAGAAAGUCAAAGUGGUGAUAAAAUCAAAGAUGAUUGUAAAUCUGAUCUAGGCAUUGAUGGAGUAUUGCAUAAAAAUAUUCAUAGUAAUAAUAAUAAUAACAACAACAACGUCAACAGCAACAGUAAUCAUAAAUUGUUGCAUGGAAGUAUAUUCACCAAAAAUUUAAAAAAUCCCUUAUCCUCAAAACAAUUACACAUUGAUGAUUUAAGUACAGAUGAUUUCUCAUGUUCCACUGAAAAAGACUUACCGUUUACAACAUCUGGCUCACUUGGACGUAAACGAACUGCUCCUCGACCACCAAGGCGGACAACACCAGUGAAACCAUUAAAUUUUCUUACAGAUGACAACAAUGCUACCGCAGUAUCAUCAUCAACUCCCACGACUUUUCCUAUCAAUCAUUGGGAUGAUUAUAAUAAGAGUGAUUUUGAUAAUAAUAUGCCGCCUCUUCCCCCACCACCUGAGCCUAUUCAUGCACCCCCACCCCCACCAACCCCGUCAUCAUCUUCCUCGAACCAACAGUCACAACAAUAUCCACGUGUCACCACGAUUAAUUCAUCGAACCAUCUGAAUUCAACCUCGUCGAUGAUGACAAUGCCAUCAAUUAUGAGCACUUCGGCUGUUUUCCCAUCUUCUGGACCUUUCUCGUCUAGAGAUCCACCUUCAUGUGAUAACAGUUUAACUCGGUCUAUUUACCCCGACCAUCCGUUACCAACACACACCAUUGUGUCUUCCCCAUUCACUAAACAAUGCCAACCAUCUUCAAAGUCAUUACUGCCGCCAAAAUCAAUUAAUAAUAAUAAUAAUAAUAAUUCCGAUCUUGUCAAUAAAAUCACUUCUGAAAUCCAAUCAAGAAAUUUGAUGACCACAUUAAAUCAUUCUCAUGGCAGGCGAAUUGUUGAAUCGUCGAAUCAUCUUCCUAAAGAGGGCAAACCUAGUGUUCAUCAUCAUUCGACUGUUGCAUCCACCGAUUUUCAAGAAGAGCUACGUGAUAGAUUAAAACAGCACUCUCAACAACUCAAAGAUUGGUCGGUAUCAAAACCAGGUGUUGUUGUUGCUAAAGCAGUGUCAAAUAAACCAUCAUCGGCUAAUGGAUCCGGUUCAAUUUUGUCUAGUAAUCAAGAUAAAAUCAAUUCUAAGUCAUCAGCGGUGUCUAAUUCUUCACCGUAUUUCACUAUGCCUCGUUUGAAAACUAUCAAUUCUGCAAAUUCUGUUGGUGCUGGUGGUGGUGGUAGUGUGGUGAGCAAAGCAACUGCUGAGACUAACAGUGUAAUCCCCUCAACACCAGACACUAAGACAGAACCUUCACAACAUUCUACAGGAGGAGUGAUUCAAUCCGAGACAAGGGUGGAAAAAUCCACUCCUCUACCUAUAACCAAUAAAGUUUCAACUGUAGUAAACACUAAUGCUUCUCCAAAAUUUCAUGUAAAACGACUUGAAAAUGUUGAAAGCAGUCAUGAUAAACUGCUAUCAAAUUUAAUCCUACAAAAACGUUUAAGUUGGACUGGUCCAACAGAUGACAACGCCACCUCAGGCAGUCAAAAACGAUCUCAACGACUAUUAUGUUUACCGACAAUAUUCUCGACGUCAUCUACAGCGCUAGAUGAAGUUACUGCAUUUAACAGUAGUAAUAGUAAUCAUUGUAUUACACCGCCGACUAAAACUCAUUUAAGGAAACAUUUAUCCUAUAUUGUCGAUAGAUUAGAAUAUUUAAUUACUUGUAAUGUUUUAAAUUCAGAUUGUCCUAGUGGUGGUGGUAUCACCUCUCCGAUGACAACGACGACGACGAUUACGCCAACCACUGCUGCUUCAACCCUGUCAUCAUCUCUAUCGAAUUCAGAACAUUUAAUUGAGUUAGCUGAUCAACUGGAAGCGUGUCGAUCAAGUUGUUCCACAUAUAUUGAUCAAGCGACAUGUUCUGCUAGGGCGAAAUUCAAUUUCCGUGAUCGAUUCGCCUGCCUGCAAACAUUUAGCAGUUUAUUACGUUCUAAAAAACUUGACAUCACUUAUAGUAUUAAUAAUGGUAACAAUAAUAAUCCUUCUAAAACUAAUAAAACUAAUAUUGCUUUAUUAAAAGAUGUACAGAAUGCUAUCAGGGAGAUCAUUAAUGAUUUGAAUAAAUUAUCAGAGGACGAUGUAAAUUGUAGCCUAGCAAAUUCACAGACUAUUGAUCCUUUACCAGGGCAUAAUAAGUUGAAUUGUACAGAAAAUCUCAGUAUCAUUGACAACAACAGUAACCAUAACAACAAGAACAGCAGCAGUAGAAGUAGCAAUGGUAGUAGUAGUAGUAGUAGUACUGUCAGGAGUGCUACUGUAUUCACUUGA